AUGCAGAGUGACGAAGUCAUCUGGUCGGUGAUAAACCAACAGUUCUGUUCAUACAAAGUCAAGACUGCAACACAAAACUUUUGCAGAAACGAGUACAAUGUCACGGGUUUCUGUAAUCGACAGUCGUGUCCUCUUGCUAACUCGAGAUAUGCUACUGUGCGCGAGAAAGAGGGUAUCUUAUACUUGUAUGUUAAGACCAUCGAACGAGCACACAGUCCAAAACAUAUGUGGGAGAAGAUAAAGCUUUCAAAUAAUUACUCAGCGGCACUGCAACAGAUUGACAAAGAGCUAAUCUACUGGCCGAAUUUCUUAAUACACAAAUGCAAGCAACGAGUCACCAAAAUCACCCAAUACCUCAUCAAAAUGCGACGUAUGAAGUUACGGCAGCAGACGAAACUUGUGGGUGUGAAGAAGAAACUCGAACGCCGCGAAACAACACGCGAACGUAAAGCCCUCUCCGCCGCCCACCUCGAAAAAUCAAUCGAAAAAGAGCUUAUCGAGAGAUUAAAAUCAAAAGCAUACGGAGAUGCACCACUUAAUGUGAAUGAAGAAGUCUGGCAAGCCGUUCUUGACCAAUCUCGAGGGAAGGCGGAUAUGGAAGCGGCUGUGGAAGGGCUGGAAGACAUGGAGGAUGACGAGACGGAGGAAGAGGAUGAAGAGGAAUUGGAAGAAGAGAUGGAAGAGGAGGAGGGGGAGUGGGGCGAGAGGGAGUUUGUGAGUGAUUUGAGUGGAGAUGAGAGUGAGGAGGAUGGGUUGAGCGAUUUGGAGGAUUUGGAAGACGUAUCAGAGGAUGAGGACAAUGAGAUUGGUUCCGACGACGAGACUUCUGGUCCAAGCGCAAAGGGGAAACGAAAAGCACCGCCCAAGGUACCGAAAGUUUCAAAGAGACCAGGGAAGAAACCCAAACGCGGACCGCGUGUGGAAGUCGAAUACGAACAGGAAUUCGUGCCAGCCGCAAGAGAGACCAUCGCUCAUUAA